AUGGGAGCUGACGGUUUGGCUUUUUCACCCCUGUCCUUGCUGCCAUCCUCAAUGUCCCUGUUGCCAUGCAGAGACGAUCCUGUUACAUUGUAUCGAAGCGCUGGCGGUAGUUCCCCAGGGCUGACUGUGCAUCAUUUCCCGACUCCGUGUUCAAUGUCAUCACGUUGGGAGCUUGAAAUUGGCCACAUGGCAGCACUUCCCCGCAUGAACUUCUACAACGGAGGACAAGCAUAUUGGCCAAAAGAUUUUUGGGAUGAGAGUGUGUUCAGGAAGACGCAGUGCCAAAUUGUGAAAGCUGUCUGGGUGGAUAGAUUAGGAAUGCAGGCAGCCCUGAAAGAAAGUCUCUUCGGAAGAUUUUUUUCUCUGCAACGAGAAUUCUGCUGCAGGUUCCGACAGCCUUCUCUGCGACAUAACUGUACUUCUAGAUAUAAUACCUUGCUUCCUGAGGCUUUCACGGGAGGUUCUGGGUCCAUGGCUUCAACUCUCUUUCUGGUCCAGAUUCAGUACCAGCAGGUUAAGCUUGGCAACAAUGCUCCUCAGGUAACACCGCAAGCAGCAGAUUGCAAGCUCCAGCAUACUGCCGCCCUGUAUGGGUUUGAAGGAGAGCUAACAGAAAAGCUAACAAAAUUUAGAUGGAGAAUAAUGGAAACAGAUCUCAGACCAGGUGGAUUUGGUGACCUUGAGCUGGGCCCUCCAAGUUGUGAUGAACUUGAUAAUGACCCAUUGGCGGGCCCUAUUAGUUCCCAACAUGAUGUCAAUUACAUGGUUAUGGGACUACAGAAAAAAAAGAAAGUAGUGGCACACCUUGAGAAGUUAGAUACAGGAUGGGCUAAUUUGGGCAAUCCUUGCCAUUUCACCAUGAUUUUCAAUCAAGGCUUUGAGAUUGUGUUGAAUGACUACAAGUGGUUUGCCUUUUUUAAGUACAAAGAAGAGGGCAGCAAGGUAACCAUUGCCACCGCAGAGACCAUGCCUGGAUGGGUGCAUGAUGUGCCAAGCUGGAAGUAGGCUCAUUUCCUCGGAACUAAAGUGGGAACUACCUCUGAGAAGGUGAACAUGAACACAGCACACCCUGAGAGUCUCCAGGGAAACUACUCUAAUUCUAAUACCCUCUACAAAUAUAACCAUGGUUUUGUGAAAGUGAUCCAUGCCGUUCAGAAGUGCCCCCAGAAGUCUUGGACAGCAACCACAUACAUGGAACAUGAGAUGCUUACCCUAGGAGAGAGGAUUAGGAGAGGCAGUAGCCACAGCUGGAGAAUCCCACCACUGACUGUUGAAAUACACGAAAUGGUUUUACAUUUGCCAGCGUCUUGGGACUGGAGAAAUGUUUGUGGUACCAAUUUUGUUCCUCCUGUUUGAAGCCAAGCAUCUUGUGGAAGCUGCUACUCAUUUGCUUCCGUGGGUAUGCUGGAAGCAAGGAUCCAUACACUAACCAACAAUACUCAGACCCCAAUCUUGAGUCCAGAGGUUGUCUCUUGCAGCCAGCACGCUCAAGGCUGUGAAGGUGGGCCGUACCUCAUCACAGGAAAAUAUGCCCACGACUUUGGGCUGAUAGAAGAGCCACGCUUCCCUUACACAGGCACUGAUUCUCCAUGCAAACCGAAGGAGGACUGCUUCCAUUACUCCUCCUCCGAGUACCACUAUGUGGCAGGCUUCUAUGGGGGCUGCAAUGAGCUGGCCUGUCGUGGCCCCGUGGCAGUUGCUUUCGAAAUCUAUGAUCUCUUCCUCCACUGGCACAGGGGGAUCUAUUUGUUUUGUUUUUUGACAGACCCUUUCAACCCCUUUGAGCUGACUAAUCAUGCUGUUUUGCCCGUGGGCCACAGCACCGAAGCCUCGGGGGUGGAUUGCUGGAUUGUUAAAAAUAGCUGGGGCACUAGCGGGAGCGAAGAUGGUUACUUCGGGAUCCGCAGAGGAACCGAUGAGGGUGCAAUUGAAAGCACAGCGGUGGCAGCCACCCCGGUUCCCAAAUUGGAGGGUGCACAUCCCGGCAUCUCAUCCCGACCGCCAUCAAUCACGAAAGGGCAGACUGGAGACUUUCACAGCAGCAAUUUCAGAACAUUACAAAUAGAUUCCUAUGAAGAUUUCUGCCUUCAGCGUUAA